CCGUUCAGAGACCGGACCUCUCAGUCUAACAUAUCAAAAUGGCGCAGCGGGAUGAAGCGGUGAGGGAGUUUGUUGCGGUCACUGAUGUGGACGAGGAGAGGGCCCGGUUUUUCCUCGAGUCGGCUGGCUGGGAUCUGCAGCUUGCUCUUGCCAGUUUCUUCGAGGAUGGAGCAGAAGAUGAUAUUGUUACUCUCCCUCAGUCAGAAAGCGGAUCAGUCUCCCGAUCGACAGGGCCAAGUGAACACAGAGUGACGUCCUUCAGAGACUUGAUGCAUGAAGAUGAAGACGACAGUGAUGACGAAGGGCAGAGGUUCUUUGCUGGUGGUUCAGAGCGCAGUGGACAGCAGAUUGUUGGUCCUCCCAAGAAGAAGAGCACGAAUGAGGUGGUUGAGGACUUGUUUAAGGGUGCUAAGGAGCACGGGGCUGUUCCAGUCGACAGAGCUGGCAGGGGGCUUGGAGAGUCUAGCAGGGCUAAGCCGUUUGUAGGAGGUGGUUAUCGACUGGGUGCAGCACCAGAGGAAGAGUCUGCCUAUGUAGCUGGAGAAAGGAGAUCCUCCAGUAGUACACAAGAUGUGCAUGUGGUGCUGAAGCUGUGGAAGACUGGAUUCAGUCUUGAUGAAGGUGACCUCAGAAACUACGACGAUCCUGGGAAUGCCCUCUUCCUGGAGUCUAUUCGCAGGGGGGAGAUUCCUCUGGAGCUGAGACAGCGUUCUCGUGGAGGGCAGGUGAAUCUGGAUAUGGAGGACCAUAGAGAUGAAGAUUUCAGCCGACCCAAGCCUGCUUUCAAGGCUUUUGCUGGAGAGGGACAAAAACUUGGCAGUGCAACACCGGAGUUGGUAUCUGCCCCGAGGAUGGGUCAGCAGGAACAGGCUGCCAGAGAGGCCCAGGCCAGCGCUUCCAUUAGUGUGGAUGACUCGCAGCCCGUCACAAACAUCCAGAUCAGACUGGCUGACGGAGGCCGACUGGUGCAGAAAUUCAACCACACCCACAGGGUGUCUGAUUUGCGUCAGUUUGUGGUGAACGCUCGCCCGGCCAUGGCUGCUGCUGAGUUUGUUCUCAUGACUACCUUCCCCAACAAGGAGCUAACAGAUGAGAGCCAGACACUGAAGGAGGCCAACCUGCUGAAUGCUGUCAUUGUUCAACGGCUAAAGUGAUGGUGCCCUUUAGUGGCCUGGUUUUAUCAUGGCACUCGGAGUUUCCUCCCCGACAGGAAACGCAUGGACUAAAGGACUUCUAAGUACUUAAUUUUUUUUUUCUUUAGUGAUAUUUUUCAUCUCCCUCUGCAGCAGUUUGUGGCGGCGGGUACCUCUGGAUUAACAAAAUGGAGUUGGGGGUGGGGGGGGGGUGGGGAUAAACUAGAUUGUGUGAGAUGCUUUAAGGGAAGGAGAGAGAGAUGGAGUGGAAGUUUAACAGCAAAUUUUACUGUUUGAGCAUACUAGGCGAACACUUAUCCAAAUUGAAAAUAAAGAGCUUUCUAAAGAGUUUUGACACUCA